GAUGAGAAACAGUCUUGUGGAGAGUAAAUCUGUCAAGUUAACUCAGAUUCUAGGUUCACAGCAGGAAUAAUGAUGUUCUGCAGAGCGGCUUGGCAAAGACUUGCACCUCUGGCACGAAAAUCCCCCACUCCUUUAUUCAGCAAUGCUGUAUUCCCUAUACGACAGAUGUCCUUUGGGCUACCUGCGUCCGGGACAAACAUGGCUUACAUGGUGAUUGGUGGAAGCUCACUUACGGCUGCUCUUGUUUAUGCUUAUAAGACAAUAAACUCUGACAGUGAAAGAUAUAAUGAAAGAAUCGCUCAACUCGAGGCCAGACCAAAAAGUGAGGAAGGAGCAGCGGCCGCCUUGGCCUCAGUAGCAGAAGCAGCUGCGAUUGUGGAAAGCGCAGUAGCUGAAAACACCGCUAUUGUUGAGGCCACAGCAGCAGAACUCGCCGUAGAAGUGGUUGACGCGAAGACUGAAGAGGUCCCAGAACAUGUGGAUGGAGCAAUGGUGGUGGAUGCAGCAAUGGAGGUUGAGGCAGAAACUGCCAUUGUACAGGCAGUAGCAGCUGAUGCCGAGGAACCUACUGCACCUGUUGUUGAGGAUGUUGAGGAUGUUGCUGCUGAGACUGCGGCUCCUAUUGCCGAGACAACUGUUGUCACGAUGUCUGAUCUACCGAGCACUGUGAAAAUCCUGGCUGGAUCUACAGGAGAGAUUGCAGCAGCUUCAGUUGGAGAUCAGCACCCGGUGGCCACAUUGAGGUUGGCUGAGGACAACAAUUCUGUGGAGAUCCUCAAUGGGCUGGAGGCGGUAGAGGUCUCAGCAGAAGUGCCUGAGGAAGCUGAGGUUGAGGAGCCCAUGAUUGGUAGAUCCGAUCUGAAAAUAGAAGAAGGAGAACUGGAGGAACUGCCUUCAGCGCUUCGAGCAGAAGAAACUACUGAAGUGGGAGACGACCAUAUCAAGUCUGAGGAAGCUAAGGUUGAGGAGCCCAUGAUCGGUAGAUCCGAUCAGAAAAUAGAAGAAGGCGAACUGGAGGAACUGCCUUCAGGGCUUCAAGCAGAAGAAGAAACUACUGAAGUGGGAGACGACCAUAUCAAGUCUGAGGAACCUGAGUUUGAGGAGCCCAUGAUCGGUAGAUCCGAUCUAAAAAUGGAAGAAGGCGAACUGCAGGAACUGCUUUCAGCGCUUCAAGCAGUAGAAGAUGACCAUAUCAAGUCUGAGGAAGACAGCCCUGUUGUGGCUGAAGUGAAUGCUGAAAGUCCUGCUUCAUCAGAGGAGGCCUCUGUUACAAAGAUGGAGAGUAUUUUGGAAGGGGAAGAGUCAUUGAGUCCUGAGGUGAUGUUGUCAGACAAUGAGACCAUGUCUGGAUCUGCAGAGGUGACGUCAGAGAUGGUCAUGGCAUUAGGUCAACAAAUAGAGGAAGAUAAAGCAUUAUGUCAUGAGCCAGCUGCCACAGAAACAGAACAUUCAGACCUCACAGCGCCACCAACAGACCUGGAGGAAGCACUAGAGGCCACAACAGAGUCUGCAGAAGAAGUUGCUGUAGAAAUGAUGCUGGAUUCUGUGGAGGAAGCUAAACCAGUUAAGGCAUCAGAGGAAGCUGUUGAAAGUGGAAAUGUUUUGAUGACCAUGGCUCAAGCCUGACGUGAAUGUUGCACAGAACCUGCGACACAGAAAUCAAGUCAAAACCACAGAAUCUGUAACAUGGAAUACAUGCUGAAGUUAAAGUAAAUAGUUCACAUCUUAACAUCUUAACUGUCAGCCAAAACAGUUUUGAAGUUAUCUAAUUUUGUGUCUCUGGAACUCUGUGAUUAUGUGUGAUUGUAUAAUAUGAAUAUCAAAAGUCUUUAUAUUUUUGUUAAUGAGAGACUUGGAAACACAAUAAUUAAUUUAGAUUUUUGAAGUGAACAAAUUAGUUUUAAAAAAGAUCAUAUUGGACCCUCAGAAUUAAGGUCCCAAGUGGCAUGUUAUUAAACGUAUCAUUAGUUUUAAUUUAAUUUAAUGCUUGCUGUAAUUAAUUGGGUUCUUAUUAAAUAAUUGCACAAGUUA